UCACCUGAUCUAAAGUUCGAGCUCGCUCAGAGAGAGAUCCAAACCGGGACGAACAUGGAGGAGCUGGUGAAAGAAAGCAUCAGCUUUUUAAUAAAGCCCUCUCUGGACACAAACGGGCCAAAGUUGGGCUCCUUAGCCGUUUUCAUCAUGCUGAAGUCCGCACUGGGUGCAGGGCUUCUCAUCUUUCCCUGGGCGUUUGAGAAAGCUGGAGGAAUUCACUCUGCUGUCAUCGUAGAAAUGAUUUCUCUUGUGUUCCUGAUCAGCGGACUUGUCAUCCUGGGUUAUUCUUCUUCAGUCAGUGGACAAAACACCUAUCAGGCUGUGGUCAGAGAUGUGUGCGGUCCUGCCAUAGGCAACCUCUGUGAAAUAUGCUAUGUCUUCAACCUCUUCUUCAUAUCUGUUGCUUUUCUCGUCAUCGUGGCCGACCAGCUUCAGAAAUUGUGUGUCUCUAUAUAUGAGUUAAUCACAGGAUUGCCAGAAUCAGAGAUGCCGUACAACUGGUACACCGACCAGAGAUUUGCCCUGUUUCUUCUCUGCCUCUUCUUCAUUUUCCCUCUCUCUGUCCCAAAGGAAAUCAGCAUACAGAAGUAUACCAGCGUUCUAGGCACUUUUGCUGCCACGUAUCUCACUGUAGCCAUCAUUGUGAAAUUCCACAUGAGGCCCGUCCAUGAGAUCAAUCUGUCGCCUCUUUACAGCAGUGGUAUAAGCUCAUGGGCUUCGAUGUUCAGCGUCCUCCCGACUAUUUGCUUUGGCUUUCAGUGCCACGAGGCCUGCGUUGCUGUCUACAGUAGUAUGGAGAACAGGAAGUUGUCUCACUGGGUCUUUAUCUCUGUGGUGUCCAUGUUCAUCUGCCUCAUCAUCUACUCCCUCACUGGAGUCUUUGGGUACCUGACCUUUGGGAAGAACAUAACUCCUGAUAUUCUGAUGUCGUACAGUGGAGGUGAUGUGAUCAUGAUUAUUGCCAGGCUGCUGUUUGGAAUCUCAAUCAUCACCAUCUACCCCAUUAUUGUCUUGCUUGGAAGAUCUGUGAUUCAGGACCCGCUGCUGCGGCGACGACGCAAGCACACAGCAGUGACGGGGUCUUACGAGAGCCGGACCCGUGUUGCCUUGACCACAACCUGGGUCACAGUCACUCUUCUCAUCGCAGUGUUUGUUCCAGACAUCAGCAAAGUGAUCGGUGUUGUUGGAGGAGUUAGUGCUUUCUUCAUCUUUAUAUUUCCAGGACUUUGCCUAAUAUUUGUGGUGCAGUCAGAGUCAAUUUGUCUUACAAUAAGAUAUCUUCUGAUCACAUGGGGAAUGAUUACACUUUUCUGUGGUACCUAUAUUUUUGGCCAGAGCACUUCUAUUGCGAUCAUGCAACUCCUAAGUGAAAUUUAACACCAUGAUACUUAAUUCUAUGGUUUGGCAUAAUUUUAGACGCUGCAUGUAUGGAAAAUGGAGAUUGUUGUACACUUGUACAACCGGCUUUGUGUGAAAUACCUCAGACAAACAUGUCAUGAAACUAUAUGUCCGAACUAUUUAUAUUUUGCCACGCAUUGUUUGACCAUUUUAAUGGCCCUUAAUGACCCUCAAUUAUAAUUAAAGGGAUGGUUUACCCCCAAAAAUUAAAGUGCUGUCAUUAAUUGUUCAGCCUGAUGUUGUUCCAAAACAGCAAUACCUUUAUUCAUCUUCAGAACACAAAUUAAGAUACUUUAAUGAAAUCAGAGA